GCAGGCGUGGGCAGGGGCCAGGAAGGCGCAGUCGGGAUUGGAGGCGAGGGGAGUGCCGGGCGCGUCCCAGGCGGCGGGGCUCCCAGCAUAGGCAGUCGCCACCACCGCCAGGCCGCAGACACAGGUUCGGGUCCGCGGUCCUCUUGCCCCUUUCCAGGCCUCUAUGAGUGUUAAAUCGCCAUUUAGUAUGAUGUCAAGAAAUAGUUUGGAAGUACCUCCUUCUAAGAUGACAGAGCCAUUUAAUUUUGAGAAAAAUGAAAACAAGCUUCCACCACAUGAGUCUUUAAGAAGUCCUGGAACACUUCCUAACCAUCCUAAUUUCAGGCUGAAAAGCUCAGAGAAUGGAAAUAAAAAGAACAAUUUUUUGCUUUGUGAGCAAACCAAACAAUAUUUGGCUAGUCAGGAAGACAGUUCAGUUUCUUCAAAGCCUAAUGGCAUCAACGGAGAAGUGGUUGGCUCCAAAGGAGACAGGAAAAAAUUGCCAGCAGGAAACUCAGUGUCAUCACCAAGUGUAGAAAGUAAUUCACCACCCAAAGAAGUGAAUACUAAGCCCGGAAAUAAUGUACGUCCUGCAAAAUCAAAAAAACUAAACAAGUUGGUCGAGAAUUCCUUGUCCAUAAAUAAUCCAGGGCUCUUCACCUCCUUAGGACCUCCUCUUCGGUCCACAACUUGCCAUCGCUGUGGCCUGUUUGGAUCGCUGAGGUGCUCUCAGUGCAAGCAGACCUACUAUUGCUCCACAGCAUGUCAGAGAAGAGACUGGUCUGCACACAGCAUCGUAUGCAAGCCUGUUCAGCCAAAUUUCCACAAACUUGAAGAUAAUAAAUCAUCUAUUGAAACAAAGGAUGUGGAGGUAAAUAAUAAGAAUGACUGUCCACUUGGAGUUACUAAGGAAAUAGCCAUUUGGGCUGAGAGAAUAAUGUUUUCUGAUUUGAGAAGUCUACAACUCCAGAAAACCAUGGAAAUAAAGGGUACAGUUACCGAAUUCAAACACCCAGGGGACUUCUAUGUGCAGUUAUAUUCUUCAGAAGUUUUAGAAUACAUGAACCAACUCUCUGCCAGCUUAAAAGAAACAUAUGCAAAUAUGCAUGAAAAAGACUAUAUUCCUGUUAAGGGGGAAGUUUGUAUUGCCAAGUACACUGUUGAUCAGACCUGGAACAGAGUGAUCAUACAAAACGUUGAUGUGCAGCAAAAGAAGGCACAUGUCUUAUAUAUCGAUUAUGGAAACGAAGAAAUAAUUCCAUUAAACAGAAUUUACCACCUCAACAGGAACAUUGACUUGUUUCCUCCUUGUGCCAUAAAGUGCUUUGUAGCCAAUGUUAUCCCAGCAGAAGGGAAUUGGAGCAAUGAUUGUAUCAAAGCUACUAAACCACUGUUAAUGGAGCAGUACUGCUCCAUAAAGAUUGUUGACAUCUUGGAAGAGGAAGUGGUUACCUUUGCUGUAGAAGUUGAGCUGCCAAAUUCAGGAAAACUUUUAGACCAUGUGCUUAUAGAAAUGGGAUAUGGCUUGAAACCCAACGGACAAGAUUCUAAGAAGGAAAAUGCAGAUCAAAGUGAUCCUGAAGAUGUUGGAAAAAUGACAGCUGAAAACAAAAUUGUCAUAGACAAAAGUGACCUAAUCCCAAAAGUGUUAACUUUGAAUGUGGGUGAUAAGUUUUGUGGUGUGGUUGCCCACAUUCAAACACCAGAAGACUUCUUUUGUCAACAACUGCAAAGUGGCCGAAAGCUUGCUGAACUUCAGGCAUCGCUUAGCAAGUACUGUGGUCAGUUGCCUCCACGCUCUAAUUUUUAUCCAGCCAUUGGUGAUAUAUGUUGUGCUCAGUUCUCAGAGGAUGAUCAGUGGUACCGUGCCUCCGUUCUGGCUUACGCUUCUGAAGAAUCUGUACUGGUCGGAUAUGUAGAUUAUGGAAACUUUGAAAUCCUUAGUUUGAUGAGACUUUGUCCCAUAAUCCCAAAGUUGUUGGAAUUGCCAAUGCAAGCUAUAAAGUGUGUGCUAGCAGGAGUAAAGCCAUCAUUAGGAAUUUGGACUCCAGAAGCUAUUUGUCUCAUGAAAAAACUUGUGCAGAACAAAAUAAUCACAGUGAAAGUGGUGGACAAGUUGGAAAACAGUUCCCUGGUGGAGCUUAUUGAUAAAUCCGAGAUGCCUCAUGUCAGUGUUAGCAGAGUUCUCAUAGAUGCAGGCUUUGCUGUGGGAGAACAGAGGAUGGUGACAGAUAAACCCAGUGACAUGAAAGAAGACAGUGUUCCCUUGGGUGUGGAAGGAAAAGUAGAUCCAUUGGAGUGGACAUGGGUUGAGCUUGCUGUUGACCAAACAGUAGAUGUUGUGGUCUGUGUGAUAUAUAGUCCUGGAGAAUUUUAUUGCCAUGUGCUUAAAGAGGAUGAUUUAAAGAAACUGAAUGAUUUGAACAAGUCAUUAGCAGAACAUUGCCAGCAGAAGUUACCUAAUGGUUUCAAGGCAGAGAUAGGACAACCUUGUUGUGCUUUUUUUGCCGGUGAUGGUAAUUGGUAUCGUGCUUUAGUCAAGGAAAUUUUACCAAAUGGAAAUGUUAGAGUACAUUUUGUGGAUUAUGGAAACAUCGAAGAAGUUACUGCAGAUGAACUCCGAAUGAUAUCAUCAACAUUUUUAAACCUCCCCUUUCAGGGAAUACGGUGCCGGUUAGCAGAUAUACAGUCUAGAAACAAACAUUGGUCUGAAGAAGCCAUAACAAGAUUCCAGAUGUGUGUUGCUGGGGUAAAAUUGCAAGCCAGAGUGGUUGAAGUCACUGAAAAUGGGACAGGAGUUGAACUCACUGAUCUUUCCACUUGUUAUCCCAGAAUAAUUAGUGAUGUUCUGAUUGAUGAACAUCUGGUUUUAAAAUCUGCUUCACCACAUAAAGACUUACCAAAUGACAGACUUGUUAAUAAACAUGAACUUCAAGUUCAUGUACAGGGACUUCAAGCUACUGUUUCAGCUCAGCAAUGGAAGACGAUAGAAUUGCCAGUUAAUAAAACUGUGCAAGCAAAUGUAUUAGAAAUCAUAAGCCCAAACUUGUUUUAUGCUCUACCAAAUGGGAUGCCAGAAAAUCAGGAAAAGCUGUGCAUAUUGACAGCUGAAUUAUUAGAAUACUGCAAUGCUCCGAAAAGUCGACCACCCUAUAGACCAAGAAUUGGAGAUGCAUGCUGUGCCAAAUACACAAGUGAUGAUUUUUGGUAUCGUGCAGUUGUUCUGGGGACAUCAGACACUGAUGUGGAAGUGCUCUAUGCAGACUACGGAAACAUCGAAACCGUGCCUCUUUGCAGAGUGCAACCAAUCACCUCUAGCCACCUGGCGCUUCCUUUCCAAAUUAUUAGAUGUUCACUUGAAGGGUUAAUGGAGUUGAAUGGAAGCUCUUCUCAAUUAAUAAUAAUGCUAUUAAAAAAUUUCAUGUUGAAUCAGAAUGUAAUGCUUUCUGUGAAAGGAAUUACAAAGAAUGUCCAUACAGUGUCAGUUGAGAAAUGUUCUGAGAAUGGGACUGUCGAUGUAGCUGAUAAGCUGGUGACGUUUGGUCUGGCAAAAAACAUCACACCUCAAGGGCAGAGUGCUUUCAAUAGAGAAAAGAUGUAUAGGAUGAAGUGCUGCUGCACAGAGUUACAGAAACAAGUUGAAAAACAUGAACAUAUUCUUCUCUUCCUCUUAAACAAUUCAACAAAUCAAAAUAAAUUUAUUGAAAUGAAAAAACUGUUAAAAAAAACAGCCUGUCUUGGAGGUAAACCCUUAUGAGACAGGAAACAGCAAAGGCUAGCUUUAGGAAAGAAAGUACAGCACCUGUUUUUUUUUGUUUAUGGGAACCUUUUUUUGUCCUCUUUCUCUGUAAUGACCUUCUAUGCCUCUGUUUUUGCCUGCCUGCCAUUCUCCUAUUAGGUUGGUGGUUUUUAUUUUCCUCUAAGUUCCACCAAAUAAGUAUUACAUAGAAAGUUCAUACCAAAUCUAUGAGAAUACUGGCAAGGAAUACAUAGGGGCUUUCUACUAUAUAUGUAACUUUUUGUUACUUAUUGAAGGCAGGGCCAGGUGUGGUGGCUCACACCCAGCACUUUGGGAGGCUGAGGUGGGAGGAUCCCUUGAGGCCAGGAGUUGAAGGUUACAGUGAGCUAUGAUAGCGCCACUGCACUCCAGCCUGGGCGACAGAUUUUGUCUUUAAAAAAAGAAAAAAUAAGUAGUUAGUGGAUAUGAGUUUUAUUUUCUGACCAUUUGAAAUAUUUUGCAAUAUUCCCUGCAUUCUCUAUCUUCUGCCUCUUCCACAUAAUGUCCUUUGCUUUCAUGUUUGUUACCCUCUCUUUUCCUGUUGACUCGGAGGUCAUCAAUUUCUUUCUCUCCGUCCUUAAUUGGAUUACGUUUCUUUUGGCCUUUGGGCAGAGUCUGACCUCUGGACCACUCUAACUGGAGAAGGAACUUUAUGUUCCCUCCACUGCUGUGUCCACACAGUUAGAAAUCUGUAGCUAGUUAGAUUUUUGUUGUUGUAGAUAGAAUUUACUGUUUCUGAAACCCAAAUACAGUUAUCAGUUUAAGGUUUAAAAAAAAAAAAAAAGUAUAUAUUUUUCCUGAAGCAUAUAAAAUAAUCUCAAAUUCUCCUAAACCACACAUACGCAGAAUUAUGGGCCGGCUGACUUUCCUGCCAACCCCAAAGUUUGAAUUUUUUUAUGAUUUAACUCUCAGGCUAUGAAACCUAAGAUGUUUCUCACCAACUCAUAGCAAAUACUUAAGACACUUUUUUUUUGUUUUUUGUUUUUGCUUUUACUGGCAAUGUAUGUUGUCUAAUCUGUUAAAUGGAAUAUUUCCUCAUGUAAAAAGUUGUUAAAACACUGAUGUGCUUCUGUUAGAUAAAAGUUCACGCUGCUUUGCCCAAUAAAAUUAUUUCACUUCCCAA